GUUUCCCUAAUUGACUUGAUUACAUUACAAGAGUGGAGUCAAUAUGAAGUUUUAUCUCCUUUCUAUUUUUGCUUUCUUCCUCGUGACAUUUUCUGUAAAUGGAAGUAAUGGUGCUCUAUCAGAGGAAGUGUAUUGGAAAUCAAAAUUACCACACACGCCAUUGCCAAAAGCUCUGCAAGAACUUUUGCUGUCAGAAAAUGCAGGAAAUGAGAGUAGAUUCGCACAUGCAAAGGAUAUACUUGAAUCGAAGGAUUCAUGUUUCCACUACGUAAAACCGUAUGGAAAAGCGCAUGAAAUUGACAAGAAGAUCGACAUAUCUAAUAAAACCACAAUAUACUUAUUAUACAAUAAUCUCCAUCCCUAUAAAAUGAUGAAUCUCAGCCUCACAAAGUCUAUCAAAGGGUCCAAAUUCUUGCCUCGUAAAAUUGCUGAUUCCAUACCCUUUUCGAGCAACAAAUCACGAGACAUUUUGGACUAUUUUUCAAUAAAACCCGCAUCAAAAGAAGCUCAGAUCAUAAAGCAAACAAUUAAAGAAUGUGAAGCACCAAACAUUAGGGGAGAAGAUAAAUAUUGCGCUACUUCUUUUGAAUCAUUAGUUGAUUUUGUCACUGCAAAAUUCGGAAAAAAUGUUAAGGCAUUUUCGAACGAAAUAGAAGAAGAGAUAAAAAAAAAAGAGUAUACCAUUUUAAAGGGAAUUAAAAUGAUAAGAGACAAUCCAAUAGUUUGUCACAAGCAGAGGUAUAAAUAUGCUGUAUAUUAUUGCCAUGUAAUUAAUGCCACAAAGGCUUAUAUGGUUCCAUUGAUAGGUGACAAUGGCUCCAAGGCUAAAGCAGUUGUUGUGUGUCAUUCAGAUACAUCAGCUUGGAACCCUAAUCAUUUUGCUUUCCAAGUCCUAAAUGUGAAGCCCGGAGGACCUACAAUUUGUCACUUUCUUAAUAAUGAUGCAAUUGUUUGGGUAUCUACUUAAAUAACAAAAUAUUUUAUACGGCAUUUAUUUUUAGUUAAACAGCUCUUGCUAAUUAUUUGAUCGAGUAUAUGUAUUAUGUAUUGUGGCAAAUCUAGCCUAUUAUUAAUAUAUUGAGAAUAUUCUGAUGGUUA